GCAGCCCGGCGGAGCGCCCCCGUAGCUCGCCGCUCCUGUAGCUGGCUGCUUGUUUUGACACUUCCCUUCUCUGGCAUCACACCGUGUCUAGUGUUAUUGCGGAAUUGCCUGGAUCCGUGGAGCUCGCGCGCCUCCACACCAGUAUCAAACCUUCCCUGCGCGCUUCUCGCUUCCCGUUCCCAUACUUAACCACCCGGUAGCUUACAUUACACAUCUAGAAUCCUCUCCUGGUGCACGGCGUCUCAGGAGUCCUCCAUCCCUCCUCUCUCUCUCUUCUGUCUCCUGCUCUUCUUCUUGCUUUUUCGAGUUCCCUUCUUCUCCUGUUCUUGUUUGUUAUUUUCGCGUUGUGUUUUCUUUCUACAUAUAACUUUCAUCUCCUGCUCAUCACGGAGUAGUCUCAGUCACACAGGCAGUCAUAUUUGCUUGAUCUUUCCUGUUCUCAAGCUCGUUUCUCUUUGAAGAGUGCUAGUGCGAGUUCUGUACUUCUCGGUAAUUAAGAGAUGGCCGAAUCCACUGCCAAGAUCGCCGACGUCGCCCCCGAGGUUGAGAAAGUAGAGGCAGUGCCUUCAGUAGCCCCGGAGGCUGCACCGGCAUCACCUCCUAAGUCUGAAGAGCUCACGACUGAGAAACCAGCGGUCGAUGAACCAGCGACCGAAGCCGAGAAACCUUCGGCACCAGAAGCUGCCGAGGCUUCUCAAGAGACUGUGGUCGAAGCUCCUGCCCCUGCUGUUGAGACCUCUGCUCCUCCAGCGGAAUGUUCUGUCCCCGCAACUGAGGAAUCUAAGGAUGUGAAGGUCGAGGCUGUCGAGAUUCCUGUGGAUAUUAAGGAGGAUGUCGCCCCUGCUGCAGUGGAGAUGAAAGCCACAGAUGCUCCUGCCCCAACAAAAUCGGACCAUCCUUCUUUAUUUCAGAAGUUUAAGAAGACCUUCGAGUUUCCAAAGAUCAGCAAGAACAAGGAGUCUCCUUCGAAAGAGGCUCCAUCGAAGGAAGCUCCGAAGGAGGCUCCUAAGGAGGAAGUAGCUGAAACCGCCGAACCGUCCCCUGCAGUUCAGGCCUCUCCCGCGUCAGAGACCACCCCACCUGCUGCCACAACCGAGAGCAAGCCCUCCACUGGUGAGAAGCUCCAAGAGAAGGUAAGCGAAGGCAAGAACUUUUUCAAUAAGUUAGUGAAGAAGUCAUUCUUCACAAAGAGCCACUCCUUCAGUGGAGCUAUUCCUGAAACGAAGCAGGGUACUACGCCAGCUGCAGCAGCUCCCUCAGCUAUUGUGGAGGCGGCGAAGGAAGCCGAGAGUGUGCCCGUCUCGACUCCUCCUGAGACAGAGACCACAGCACCCGCCGUAGCUGAGCCUGUUGCUGAGACAACCACACCACCAGCUGUAGCAGAAGCCACACCUGCUGCUGAGGCACCGGCAGUAGUGGCUGACGAGGCAACUCCUGCAACGGAAGAGACCCAAGUAGCCCCUUCUGAGGGUGUGGAGGAGAAGGCUGUGGUAAAGGAGGACAAACCUAAGAACAAGUUCUUUCAAAAAAUUGUUAGGAGGCUUCUACCGAAGAACUCCGCACACAGUACUCUUCAGCCAGCUGCCCCAGCUGCUGCUCCAGUUGUCGCUGCCAGUGCCUAAAGAAAUUUGGUGUAAAACUCUUCUGGGAUAGAUAGUGUAGCAUAGGGGUUUCCUGAUUAAAUUUUUCAUAAUAUGUGUUCGGCAUCCACAUGGAAUGCGCCUUGUACGUGGAUGCUUUUAUGUCGUUACCAUAAAAGAGGCCAACCCGUCUAUGAAAUAGACAAUAGCCCAGUUCGCCUACAUUGGGCACCUGACACUAAUUAGUUCUACAUCUACCAUUGACGCGUGUGGUUUCCGUUGAUAUCUGCACGGCCUGUUUCACCCAUUGGUGCGUACUUAAGGUGUCCUGUGAACAUUCAGAAUCCUCUAGGAUCCUGUGUAAAUUCUUCUGCAUGCUAUUUUUUUUCGGGGUAACAGGUUCUGCUUUAAGCAUAUCCUCCACGA